CUCUCCUUUAAAAAGUCUUGCUUUUUCUUGUUUUGUUUUGUUUUGUUUUGUUUUGUUUUGUUUUGUUGUGUUUUGUUUUAUUUUGUUUUAUUUUGUUUUGUUUUGUUUUGUUUUUAACAAAGGAUUUGGACGCUGCCGCCUGUCAUCUGCCACUCACUCAUCAGAGUGCAAGCCAUGCAGUCAGAGCAGUGCGCCUCCUAUCACCCAGCCUCAGACCACCAGUGGAAAAGGAUCGUCUUCAUCAUUACCUCCUGCUUUGGUCACUGAAGAUGCCUUUUUCGGACGCACCAGUGACGACCAGGACGCCUGCUCAGUAGUCAGUGACUACGACUGCCCCUGUCUGGAGGUGGGCAGCAGUGUGGAGGACCUGCAAGGCUUCAGCCCCUCUCUCAAAGAUUCAGAAUACUUCAAAGACCUUGAGGAAAGGGAUCUUCACUUGCAGACCGCUGCGCCCGUCAUCGCCACAACGGGAGACAGCAAAACCCAACAAAGUGUUGACUAUCUAGUGUCUCCAAACACAGACAGUUCCUCCAUCAGCCAACCUGCUGAGUCUUCUCCUGACACACACUCUCCACAGGUCGAUAAAUCUUCUCUUAAUUCAUGCCAACAGCAUUUAGAGGAUUGUCCGAGCAGCUUUGUGGUCACUCAGCUCACCCCAAAAUUGCUGCCAGGUUGCAUCAUUGACAGUGGUGACAACACGGACCCUGCAGUCGGGCUAAGCUUGACAAUAAAUCUGAACGGACUCUUAGGAUCAAUGGAAACAUCCACACCGAUACCAGCAAUGAGGGAUGAAAAGGAUGAACCAACUUCGGACUUAGACGGAGAGCCGGACCUGGACAGCUUUCCUAUCCUGGUCAGAUCCAUGUCAACGUCCCGGAGGCACAGCUGGGGCGUCCCCAUUUCUCCCAUCAACCUGGGGAGACGCCUGAGUCUGGAUACCAUGGCCAUAGACAGCGAUGGGGAGAGAGAGGAUGAUGAGGAGCAACAGGCCAGUCUCUUCCAGUCCACCCAGAAGCACCCAGACAGUUUUGCAGCAUGUCCUUCAGACGAGGCGGACGCUUCCAGGGUUAGUGGCAUUUCUGGCCGGCAUCUGUACUCCCGUUCAGAGAUCCUCGCCACAGAUGAAUCCUCCCGUGCUGCACACAUUUCAAAAAUUGUACAGACGUCCAAACGGGCUGCCAGGGCAGCAGGAGCAGAGGAGUUUGACCCUGAAGAAAACCUCCACUCUAAUGAAGGCCAAAGCCAUAUAGCAAAACAGCGAAACAACAAAUCAGACAACAAGGACUCAGGGAGUGUCACUUGGUACGAGUUCCUCUCAAAUGAAAAUGAGGAAGAGGAAGAUCGCACAGAAAAGGUAGAGAAAGGCACCAAAGUGAAAAGGACUCUCAGCUCUUUGAGGAACCGGAUGACUGGCUCUUUCAACAAGGAUAAGGGUAAGAACCGAGAAAAAGAGCAUCAGAAAGAAAAAGGGAAGGAGAAGGACAAAGAGGCCAAAGAGAAAGAAAAAGAGUGCAGCACCAGCAGCAAUGGGCAUCACUUGGUGCCUGGCUCCUUCUCCAGCUGUGCCACCUGCUCACUGUGCAGCAAGACCCUGCAGAAAAAGCAUGGCCUGCAGUGCAUGAAUUGUGCUGUGAACGUUCACAAGAGCUGCAAGUCUCUGCUGGGUGAGUGCACCAGCAUCAAGAAUAAGAGAGAGACUCCAAGAACCAGCUCCCCGGGAUCACUUAACUUUACUGCAAAAGACAGAGAAAGGGAGCGAGAUCCAGCAGGCCCAACUGCAUCUCAGAUCCUGGAUGGGCACCGAAGUUUUCUCAGUGUCCCAGGCAUGACCAUUAGCUCGUGGGGACCUAGCACUCACCCAGCUGCCGCCCAUACCAACAGCUUCACGGCAGCAUCUGCCACCAGCCUUGGCCACAGCCUCCGUUACAACAGUAGCUCAGGAUCUCUUCCUGGGGAGAUGGAUGAGACCGAUGCCCUCCGCUCCAAACGUUGUAAUGAAGACGCCAUUUCCCUUGCUCCUUCGACCACUGAGCCCAUCAUUGUAGAAGAAGCUCACUAUACAGCCGUGCGGGCUGAUCUGGAGUCUGAUGCCCAGGAUUUGGAGGCAGACUCGUGGAGUUUGGCAGUAGACCAGCAGCACCUUAAGAAGCACUCUAAAGAAGUGGUGAAGAGACAGGAUGUGAUAUACGAGCUGAUGCAGACUGAAAUGCACCAUGUGCGGACACUGAAGAUAAUGCUGUGUGUGUAUGUCAGAGAGUUGAAGGAGAAUAUUCAGAUGGAGUCGGGUAGGCUCGACUGUCUGUUCCCUCGCUUGGAAAACCUCCUCGAUCUGCACACACGCUUCUUGUCUCGUCUUAAGGAGCGCAGGCGAGAAAGCCUUGUCUCACCCAACGAAAGGAACUACACGAUCAGCAGAGUGGCCGACAUCCUGAUCGCGCAGUUUUCAGGUGAAAUAGGUGAGAAAAUGAAAGACAGUUACGGAGAUUUCUGCAGUCACCACCAUGAAGCCGUCAGCUAUUACAAAGAUCAGCUGCAAAACAAUAAAAGGUUUCAAAACGUCAUACGGAAAAUAAACAACUUGUCCAUCGUGCGAAGGCUCGGAGUGACUGAGUGUAUUUUGUUGGUGACGCAACGAAUUACCAAGUAUCCUGUACUCGUGGAGCGUAUUCUGCAAAACACUGAAGCGGGUACUGAGGAACACGAGGAGCUCACUCGCGCACUGGUUCUGAUUAAAGACACCAUUGUCCAGGUAGACACGCUCGUUAAUCUUCAUGAGAAGAACUCUCGACUGCGAGACAUUCACAGUAAGAUGGAGCUAAAGGUGCAGGGAAAAAUAAAAGAUGGUCGAGUGUUUCGGAGAGAAGACCUGGCGCAGGGCAGGAGACGACUGCUCCAUGAGGGUACAGUCAGCUGGAAGGCUGCCUCUGGCAGGCUCAAAGAUAUUCUUGCGGUGCUCCUGUCAGAUGUAUUAAUCUUGUUGCAAGAGAAGGACCAGAGAUACGUAUUUGCUACUGUGGACAACAAGCCAUCAGUGAUAUCUCUCCAGAAGCUGAUAGUCAGAGAGGUGGCCCAUGAGGAGAAGGCCAUGUUCCUUAUCUGUGCCUCUUCCGAUGAGCCAGAGAUGUAUGAGAUCCACACAACAUCCAAGGAGGAGCGAAACACCUGGAUGACGCACAUACGGCAAGCUGCUGAAAGCUGUCCUCACACAGAGGAGAGACUGUUCAGCGAGGAGGAAGAGGCACGGGUGUCCAAGUUCAAAGAGUUUCAAGAGCGGCUCAGCCAGAAGGAUGCGGUGAUCGUGCAGGCUCUUACGGAGAAACUGCAGCUGUAUGCGGAGAUGGCAGAGUCGACGGCAGGUGUGGAGGACACAGCGUCGCGUUCAAGACUGCUGCUCCGAGGAGAUGCCUCAGACCUCCAGCAGGGGGAGGCCCUGCUCAAAGGAGCUAUCACUGAAGUGGAGAACCUCCAGAACCUUUUGCAGUCUGGAGUGAGGGAAGACGCUCCACCCUCGCGCCUGGAAGAAGGUGGUGGCUCCGGGGCUCUGCCCAGACGAGCAGAAACCUUCGGAGGCUAUGACAGCAGCCCCACCAUCCUCAGUACGAAUGGCAGCAUUAAGAAGUUUUCUUGCGAAUCCAAAAACAAAGACAGGAGCCAAAGAGCCAGUUCUGACCCUCAGCUCAAAGACCUCUGUGACAACCACACCCCGGAGCAGACGGUCGAUGAGAGCUGCUGCUCUCAUGUCAGAUGGAAUCGCAUCUGGCCUGAACCCUCCCCUAAGGCUAAGUUCUUUGAAGGAGUGCUGAUGCUUUCCCAAAGACUCUACAGUCUCCAGGCCAUCAUAUCGCAGCAGGAUAGUCAUAUUGAGCUGCAGCGGGCCUCGCUGACAGAGCGGGCCUCCCUGCCGGGCCGUCAUAGGAGUAAUGUCCUUUUGGAGCAGGAAAAACAGCGGACACUGGCUCUGCAGAGAGAAGAGCUGGCCAGUUUCCACAAGCUGCAGUCCCAGCACAGACAGGAGCAGCAGCGCUGGGAGAAGGAGAGGGAGAGGCACCGGCAGCAGCUGGAGGCCACCGAGGCCCGGCUACGCCUUCGAGAGGAGGAGUGCAGGCGGCUGGAGGAUCAUCUGGCGAAUGAGAAGGAAGAGUUGGACAGACAAAGACAGACGUACCAGCAUGACCUGGAGAGACUGAGAGAAUCCACCAGAGCUGUGGAAAAGGAAAAGGAGCGCCUCGAACACCUGAAGAAAAUCAAGAGGAAAACCAUUGAGGUGGCUCCUAUGUCCAGCAGCCUGAACGGAGAGCUCCUGUCGUCCUCAGGCCUGACCAGCUCCACCAGCGUCUCUGACCUGCCGCUGCCCCAGAAGCCCCUGGUGCGUUCCAGCUUGUCUGUGGCACCGGCCGACUAUCCGGAGCGCCCCGAGGUGAUGCUGCGUCGGGAGACGAGCUCUUCGACCUUACCGCUCAAGACAGACGUACCCCUCCAUCUGUUCAGCACCACCAACCAGCAGCACAAACCAGUAGGAGUGCAGCAGCAAAUACCCACCAAGCUGGCUGCAAUCAACAGCGGCAAAGGCAAAGGAGGCAAGAGUGGCAAAGCCUCCCAUCGCACAGACAGCACAGCGUCAGUAGAUAUGAAGCAGAUGCUCCCGAUGAAACUCUCUGCGAAGGACGACAAUACCCUGAAGGCCAAGCGCUCCAUCAGCCCCCACCAGCAGCUCCCGCUGGCUGCCCCUCCACAGCCCCACUCAGCACAUCACCACACAGAUCAACUCAGUCCUCCAGAUAGCGCUGGGCCAGACCCCCACUCCACCUCCUCCAUCAGCGCCUCCCACCCUCCAAAUGUCCAGAAGCCCCCGAUACCUCCUGCACAGUCCCAUCUGCCGGCUCCCACACAGCUUCCCACCCUGCCUCCUCACUCGCAGAGCGCCGGACUGCUGCAGUUCCAGGCUCAGGUGCAGCCGCAGGGCCUCGCGCCGCUCGUCCCUCCCCAGGUACAGCCCAACGCUCACGGGCUCAGCCACAGCGUGCCACCGCCGUACACGAUCGCCGCAGAGGACCACAAGGAGGACGUCAUAUUUUUCUGAACUCCAGACUGGUGCCAACUCAUCAGGAACAACUGUGCGAAACUUAUUCGUCCAGAGUUUUCUGUACGAAACCGGAAUGACUGCGUUAUGUAAAGAGACACCUGUGUUGAAUUUCCUUGUAGCUGUUUGGUUGAAGAUGAGACAUUUUCAGGAUCUGUUUCACAGAACAAGCAGGUCAUAGCAUUUCAUGCAGGUGGGACAACCCUUCCGUUCUAACACCGCCCCCUAUUUCAAUAUGAAAUAUUUAGUUUUUAUUUAAUUAGUGUUUUUCUUAAGCUCAAAUGUAGAGGUUUGUGAAAGGAACUGUCAAGAAAACAAAGGUUCCUUAAAAUGUGUUUGCAAAAAAUAUUUCAAUGAAGUUGUACCAGUCCAAAGACGACGGCCAUGAGAGCUGAAGAUGUCUCUGAAGGAAACACUGUGGAUGAAAAUCAUUCAGUCUGAAGUUCGGUGAAGUGUGCAAAAGGAGCAGUGCAGCAAUGGAAUCCUCAUCUUCACCACACAGUUUCAUGGGAAAGGCUUGAAGCUCCAGCAUGAUUAAUUACCAUGUAUGGACCAAAUGUACAGCAGUCAAAGUUUCAAAGUUUCCUUUCAUUUCAUGGUUCUUAGUUAUCUCAACUUUAGGCUGCAACUUCAGUGUUGCUGCUGGUUGUGAAACAGAUCAUAGUCAGAUAUUGCGUCAUUCAGCAGGCUACUCUUUUCUUCAGUCAAUGCAAACUCAGUGGAUCCUUCAUUUUGUCAAUAUAGUUUGAGGUUCUGUGCCUUAUUACAGCAUUUAGCAGUCAAUGUUUUUACAGUUGCCAGUAGUUCUACACAUAUUUUAUUACUUUUAGCAAAAUUCUUUACUGCAAUCACUGCAUCUUUGUGAAACAGUCCAUAAAAGACCACUAUGAAUUGCCUAAAAGAAAGCUGUAUGUAUUUUGGUACUUUUCAAGAAAAUCGCCCACAACUUAUUAAUGGUAUUUCCCACACUUGCAGUGCAAACUGCUGAACCACUUUUAAAUCACGUACGCACACACUCACUCACUCAGUCACACCUGUGGAUGAUUUGGAGUAACCACUAAGCUUAAUGUAAUGUUGCAUGUUUUGGGACUGAACACGCAGGGAGAACAUGAACACUCAUUUCAGGAAAAACAGAAGAGGGGCAUGCAAUGAAGUGCAGCACCUAUGAACCAAAUGAUUGACAUUUUAAAGGUUUUCACUGAGUUUGUCUCACCUUGGUAUCAAGACAAACAUUUCAGUCAUUGUAAUAAUUGCUGUGCUUUACAACAGCUUCACGCUGCUUUGCUUUUCUGGUACUUUAUUAAUGUUAAUUUGAGAAACAAAGUAUGAGGAACCCCUCUAGUAUGAAAUGCAACAUUUAAUUUUGCACUACGCAGCCCAGAAGAUCUUCUAUUAUUAAGACACCGACGCAUACAUAUUUUUUUUUUUUUUUUUGCGAUUGUUAGCAGAACCAUAAGCAGUCUUAAGAGUGUUUUAUCACAUUGAACUACAGAAUUCUUUGCUGUCUUGAUCGUUCAAUAAAUAUUUAAAUUCGCAAAAGAGAGCACAAGCAAAGCUGAAGCUGGAUGAGUUUUAUGGAGCUCUCAUUUCAGUUCGCAGCAGUUAUUUCAUGUAAUUCACAUUAAAACGAGCCGGCUUUGUGGCAGUGGACGUCACCUUAUCGACAGCCGGAUCGUAUCAAGGCCCUGAGGUUUCACUUACUGUGUGUUUUAUCGAUUGCAUUUCAUUAGCCAGGUCUUAAAUCUCCGUGCCUGACGUGAAAACGAUACUGUGACAGGUGCAGCGGUCCUUCAGCAACACUGGCGGCCUCAUAUUCCUGUGUGUGUUUUCACAGAAAAUAUGAUGUCCAUCGCAUUGUUUUCCCCUGUGCUCUGUGUAUCCCUUUAAAUCAUGAAAUAUUUGAUAAUGGUUCUGCUUUAUGUCUUUGGAGACAUGUCUUAUUGUAAUUUUCUCAAUUAGCUGGUCUGAAGCUGCAGCCGCUUGCUGGAGCUUGUUUUUCAUGUAUAUUAUGUAAACUGUUGUACAUAGUGAGUGUGAUAACUUCUGCACUGACCACCCAGAUGUUUUAACAUUACGGUGCAAAAAUCUGUCAGAAGUUUGUGCGUAUACUCAUGUGCACUUCAAAUCCACACAUGUAUAUGUGUACGCACAGUUAAUGAAACCAUAAUCAUUUGUGACUGUUGUUAAGCGGAUAUUGAUUCUGUGUUAAUUUAAUCUCUUAACAUUUGUUGAUGCUGUAGCAGUGAAGUCGAGGUGUGCUGUCUGCCAGCACCCUGGUACGAUUCCUGAGUGAUGUAGCGGUUGAAAAACAAAAAGUUAACUAAACUGUUUGCCUGUUUCAGUCGGUUUAACCAAAGAGACGUUCAGCUGAAUGGGUUCAUGAAGGAUGAAUGACACUGGGCUGCACAGUGUGCUGCAACUUAUCAAAGCAUCCUGCAGCGAGUGUCCAGAAAGAGUGUGUUUACAGCAUUUAGGAGUCCGGCUCUCUCUCUAUCUCUAUUCUUUAUUUUAUUUAACCUCACAACCCAGUCCCAAUUCUGUGUGGAAUCAUGCACAAAAAUAUAAUUUAAGACAUCAGUGUAGACUUAAUGUGACGAUUCUGACUCAAACUUUAUAUGUGGGGGAUUUUUAAUCUCCUCAUCAGACUCUUACUGAGUCAGAGGAAAUUUGUGAUAAUGUGCUUAUAACGUGCAUGUGAUGAGGCCUCCUAGAAAUGUUAUUACUUAACAGAUUUAGGCAAAACGACUCUUGUUCAAGGCUUCCCCCUCAAAAAAAAAAUCCAAUGUCCUUGAAUGACACCUUGAAGUAAAAAAAACUGAAAUAAUAUUUCAUUUGCUGGACACCACUUCUGGUGGUUCAAGGCUAAAAUAUCACUGAAUCUAUUUUCCAUGUCUUAAUUGGUCAGGGUCAGGAAUAAAUGUGUUUGUUGGUACAUUUCCACCCCUCAGCUGUGCUCCAGGUACGAGGCUUUAGCGCGACGAGCACUGCAGGCUGCCGGCGGGCGCCACUGCUGCGACCAGCUCAAGUCUUAAAUGUUGCUUUGCUUUACUUGACAUUUUUGCUCUGUUUUGGAAGUCAGUCAAUCGAUGAACUGCAUCCAUGUGUGAAUGUGCAGCAAGAAACACAAAAACGGAGUGGAAGCAUUUAAUUUUUCUUUACUUUUUUUUUUUUUUUUUACACACAUAUACUUAAACAGCUGUUGGACCUGUAUUGUGUAAAUAAUUGUGAACAUAUUUUAUUUCCUCAGCCAAUUUUACACUAGUCACUUUGGAUAGUAGCAUACUUGAAGGGGAAAAUGAAUGUUUAUAACACCUGUUGUUAUUAUCUGUGAACUUUUAUUUACCGAGAGCUGUCUAAUGAGGUUUGUAGCACACAGCAAAACUGAUUUUUGUACCGUUCUAUUUUAUUCACUGCGCAACAGUAGAAAGUACUGUGGGCACAAACUGCUGCCUUAGGAAAGAUUUAGUAAAUAAAAAGUCUUGAAAUUGUU